GCGGCGGCGACGGCGGCAGGCCGAGCUCCCUGGACAUGGCUCUGAGGGAGCUGAAAGUUUGUCUGCUGGGGGAUACAGGUGUAGGUAAAUCAAGUAUUGUAUGGCGGUUUGUAGAAGACAGUUUUGAUCCAAACAUCAAUCCAACAAUAGGAGCAUCCUUUAUGACCAAGACUGUCCAAUAUCAAAAUGAGCUGCAUAAAUUCUUGAUUUGGGAUACGGCUGGACAAGAACGAUUUCGUGCCUUAGCACCAAUGUACUACCGAGGUUCGGCAGCAGCUAUAAUCGUUUAUGACAUCACAAAAGAAGAAACAUUUUCAACAUUAAAGAAUUGGGUGAAAGAGCUUCGACAGCAUGGGCCACCUAAUAUUGUUGUUGCUAUUGCAGGAAAUAAGUGUGACCUUAUUGAUGUACGGGAAGUCAUGGAAAGAGAUGCUAAAGACUAUGCUGAUUCCAUCCAUGCAAUUUUUGUAGAGACCAGUGCUAAAAAUGCGAUAAACAUAAAUGAACUCUUUAUAGAAAUUAGUCGAAGAAUUCCAUCAACAGAUACUAAUCCCUCAUCUAGUGGUAAGGGCUUCAAAUUAAGAAGACAGCCUUCAGAGCCAAAGCGAAGCUGUUGUUGACUGAUAUUCAGCAAUUCAGACUUAAUUAUAAAGUAGGUGGUCCUGAAAGUUAAUGGGGGUGUUUUGACUAUAUGUGUUUUGAAUUUUCACCUGGCUGAUCAUCGUACACAGAGAGCCUACAGAAAUCAACCAGUUUGUUUCUAGGAUCCUUGACUUCCUGAAGACUGCAGUUGUGAAAUUUCAGUCUGUUUACUUCUAUUAUGUAAAGAAUUUCUUGUAUUCAAAGAGAAUACAGCAUUGAAAUUUUGACCUUACUGAAGAGGAAUGUGUCAUUGUAUGGUUAUUAGCAUUAAAAUGUUUAAUAGUUUUGUAAUCAAGAUUUUGUCAUGUUUUGUAAAGGGAAAAUGAGCACUUUUGUGGUUCUUGAAACAAUAGGCCUUGUAGAAAUUGUAAUUUUGAGACUUAGAUUACUUCCCAUUAUCAUUGCUAUAGUAAGCUGUACCAUUUUAAAUUUGAGUGCAUAUCCAUAGUGGAAGGAGGGUAAUUAUUACUUUGUAUUCAAAAUAAGUUAUUUAUAAAACUGAUGGAAAGGAUCUCAUCCCCUACCAUCCCUAAAGCACUUUUCAUUGAAGGUAUUAGCCAUGGAUGGAUACAUGCAAUGAAUUAAAAACAUUAAAUAACCCUUUUUUUUUUAAACUAUAAUUUAUGUUUAGGCAGAUGCAUCAUUAGCACCUUUUUAAAUAAUAGCUUAUGAAUCAAGAUAGUGGUAGUAGAAAACAUAGCUGGAACACAGGAAACUAAAAAUGUUUUGAACUGACUGGCAAUAAAAAAAAGCAGUAGUGUAAAUGCUGUCAAUGUUUUUAUUUAACCCAAGUUUUUUUUGGGGGGGGAAUUAUUUUUUGUUUAGCACAUGUAAAGUUUUAUAAUAUAUUUAUGAGACCCAUACUUAACUCAUUAUAAACUCUGUAAAUACAAUAGAAAAUUCAAAGAUUUUCAUUCAGUAUCCCAUUUAGGCUUACAUCUAGGCCUAUGUAUACUCAUCUAUUCAAGUUUUCCUUGAGGAAACAGUAUACUUUUUGAAGCACGUUUGUGAUGUUCUAAGAAGAACAAAUAGAACUUGAAUUGAAAAUACUAUCAGGGGGCAGCUAGAUGGCGCAGUGGAUAAAGCACCGGCCCUGGAUUCAGGAGUACCUGAGUUCAAAUCCAGCCUCAGACCCUUGACACUUACUAGCUGUAUGACUCUGGGCAAGUCACUUAACCCCAAUUGCCUCACACAAAAAAAAAAAAGAAAGAAAAGAAAAAAAAAAAGAAAGUACUACCAGAUUUUAUCUGCUGGCCCCACUGUACUGUGGGUGAGCAUAUUAGGUUACAUACUACCUUGACAGCAUCCACUCUUACCCUGCUUGGAGCAAGUGAAAGGGAGUCUUAAGUCAUUUACCUGAUGUCUGUAACAAUUAAUUACUCUUUUAGCCUCGGGGCAAACCUAAUGUCAGUUUUUUUUGGGGGGGGGGGUUGGUUUUUUUUAAAGAAUCUUUCAUUUUAGCAGUUCCUCUUUACCAUUAGUAUCCUUUUAUUUUUGCCUGCCCAUGCUAGUGGUAACUCUCCCACUUAGGGAUAUAAUAAGUUUUUCAUAUAACCUAAAAAUAGAGCAGUUAACUAUGCUAUCUGGAAAAAUUUUUUUCUUGGUCUAAUUUGGCAUUUCGCCUUAUUUUUAUUUUUGUUUUUUUAACUAAAGGAAAUUUUCAAGAUUAAGGAAUGAAGCAGCUAGGACUGUAAACUAAAUUGUGAAUUCAGAACUUCCCUUAUGUUGAAUAAAAAGUAUUUUUAAUAAUAAUUGUUAUAUGUACAUGCAUUGGUAUAUAUGGAUUCUAAUGGAAAAUUAUCUACAACAUUACAAACAUCUUAAGCUCUUCAACUUUGGGAUAUAUAAUGUCAGAAUGAAGCAGUGCAGUGAAAGUUCUGACAGUAUUAUAUUUUUAAAAUAAAUUUAACUACCUAAUGUCUUCUUGUCAUUAGUUAACAAACUUGGAAGGAAAAUGUACAAGUUCCUCUUAAAUUUCAGGAGAAAUUGGAACCUGGCGUUAACUUUAUACAUACUCUCAUGUACUUCAGCUACUCUGUUGAUAUUAUUUCUAUUGCUUUGCUGUGCCCUUACAAAAUAGCAAAAUACAAAUGUGCUUGGAGGUUGAUGAAUUACCAACUAGACAAUGAAUGCCUUUGUGACCCUUCCUACCUUUUUUAUAUCUAUAAAAAAAUUUAACAAAAAACAAAAAACCUUAGGUUUUACAUUCCUGCCACCAAAUAAAGCAACUGAAUUUCAUGCUGCUAUACUGGUUUAGUGUCUAGAAGGUGUUAAGGCACUUCAUGGUUUCCAGUUCUAUUGUAUCAUUUAAUGGCGUAUCUUAACACAAGUAAAUCCCUUCAGCCAUUAGCAAACAAUUUCUGUUUUUGCUUUCUGCUAUUUCCACACCAUAUGUAAAAUGGCAUGUAUUCCUAUGUCUUAUCAGGAUGAAUGGCUUCAAGUUUAUGCAUCCAUAACUUUUCCAUAUACAUUUCAGGGACCUUUUUCUCUCUUUACCCUUCUCCCUGUCACCCCUCUAUCCAAGAAAUUGGUAUAAUACUGUGUAUGAUGCUCCAGAGACUAUAAAAUGAAGUAAGAAUGGAACCUCAAAUAUUCAACUGCUAUCCAUUGAAGACAAAGUUAUGAUGUCCCUUUUUUGUAAUGCCUUUCUGACAUGUAAAGAUGAUACCAAAAUUUGUAGGCAGUAUUUUAUUUUACACAUUUUUAAAUGGUUACAAAUCAAACCACAAAUCAUUCAUACUGCCUGUUUUGCAGUCUUAUACUAUAUUACAACUGUAUUUGAAAGAAACAGUGAAAGGAGCUUGGCCUCAAUUGUGAUGACCUGAGUUUCAUUCCCAUCUCUAAUAGAUCCAUAGUAACUAUUGUAUCUUGGGAGAGUUCCUCACCCCCUCAGUGCCCUAGACAAUUCUCUAAAAUGAUGUUACAAAGAAGGUGCCAUUCUACAUUGGGACAGUUUCUCAUUCAAAGCACCCUACCUACACAAAUGAAAUCAUGGAUUGGGUGUAGAAAAUAAAUGAAAGAAAAAGUAUCAUACAGUUGCCUACCAUAGAAUUCCUUUUGACUCCCAGCUAAUGACAGGGAAUUGAAAAGGGUUUGAGGCCUUUUUAAAAAAAAUUUUUUGCUCUAAAUGUAUGUUUGCUCCUUUUUUAAAUAGUUGAAAUGUAUUCAAUCUGACUGCCUAACCCUAGAAACAACUAGUCUCUAGAACUUUUAGAUGUUUUCUGAUUUACAAAUAUCAGUUUGUUUGGGGAUUAUUACAACAUAAUUGUAACUAGUCAUCAUAUUUAGAAAUGAUUUUCAAUUUGGGGAUAUGGGAGUAGGGGGCUGUGUUGAGGAGACAUUAGGAUUUAAUUCACAGUAUAAAUUCCUAACCCCUCGGGAAUUUUGCUAUUAACUUAAACACAUUAUAAAA